AUUUGAAAUAGUGUUGGUGUAAAUCUUCCAAAGAAGUGAUUCAAAAAUGAAAUCUUUCAUUGUUUUGGUUGUUGUGUGCUGUGCAAUAGGCUUGUCGGAGUCUCUGUCAAAAGAGCAAAGGAAGGAAAUGUUCUACAAAGUGGCAAACGAAUGCGCCACAAAAGAAGGUGGAUCAAGUGCUGAUGUGGAUGAAAUAGCUGCACACAAGCCAGCAAGUACAAAAGGAGGGAAGUGUGUUAGAGCGUGCAUAUUCGAAGCAGUUGGAAUUAUGAAGAACAACCAAGUGGAUGUUGAAAGUACUGCCAAUGUUGCUGCAAUGGCAUUUGAUGGAGACGCUGCUAAAGUGAGUGCAGCACGUGAUCUCGCCACUGCAUGUGCUAGCGUUACUGAUGCAGAUAGAUGCGAAGCUGCCUUCAAAAUUAUGGCUUGUGGACGUGAUUCUGCUAAAGGCCGCGGUAUCUCAUUCGCAGACUUGUAAAGGAAUAGAUAACUACGCUAUGGGCCAACUUGGUUUAACCAAGAAGAUGAAAUUGAUUUUCACAAAUUAUUGCAAUGAAUUGCAUGCAAUUUCAUAUUUGUUUUUAUAUACUCAUUCUGAUGAGCACCUUUGAUCAAAAUGCA